UUUGGGAGCGUUAACUUAAAGUUGGGUCUUUAAGGGCCCUUUUUGCCAGGAACGGCUCUCGUGUAUAUUAUUGAAAUUGAUUAGUUGAGAAAAUGAAUAAAUAUCAGCUCGUUUCACAAAAUAUUAUUUGAAACAGAGGUGAAAAUGUUAGAAAUUAUCAACAGAUUUUUGAAAAAGAUAUACCGACUUAUAAGCGGGUCAAUGACAAAUCCUUCCAAAAUAGCCUACAAAAUAUAAAACCGACUUCUUAUAGGCGAACCGACCUAUAGGCGAGUAUAUAUUACAGUAUGUUAUUUUUACAAUUUGAAAUGAUAAAUCAAUGAAUUAGACCUGAGUGGAUUAUAUUAUCAUAAAGGAAAGUAUAACAAUACCGCAUUUAGAAUUUACUCAAAGUCAAAUUUUCACUGGAAAACUUUCAAAAAGUUCUAAAUACCCCCCCCCCCCCCUAAUAUACAAAGUGCCCAGAUGGAUGAAAACAGUAUAAAAAUAUUACCUUACUAGUAGUAGUAAGACUAGUAGUACUUGUUUGCAAUUUAGGCAAUGUUCGCCUACCAGUUUAUUAGUUGAUCAGUUUUCAAAAUUGGAUGUAGGUUGUAAAUGUCCUUGGAGCAAAAUGGUAUAUUAAUUUCUAAUGUUUUUUGGGGGGGGAGGUGAAUAGUGAAUUGGCAAAAGAAGUUGGAGAGUUGGAUUCUCAUCAAGAUCAACAAAAUAAGGAACUCCAAACAUGUAAAUGUUAUUGCAGCUAACAUAUAGAAUGAUUAGGCUGUCCAGACAAGGACUGGUGCUGUUGCUGAUUGCCGGGGCUUUCCCAACGCUUAUAUUGGUCUACCUCACUCUCACGUCUGAUGAGGGGUACACCAAUGAGGCUGUAUUCCAGAGGCUGGAAUUGAAGUUUGCCAGUAAGCUCAGAGAACUUGGAAGUGACAACAGAGCUCUUAAAAAACAACUCAGUUUGGCACGUAUAGAAUUGACAGCAUUUGAAUUAAAUGCAGAAGAACAGAAUCCUAAAUUGCAUAAAAACUGCAUCAGUUCGCAGCAGGAAGUCCCCAAAUGUGAGGUGAUCCAUAUAGCCAUUGUGUGUUCAGGUCAUAAGUCCACAAGAGAUGUUGUAACCCUCAUCAAAAGUGUGCUGUUCUAUCGUAAAAAUCCACUUCAUUUCCACUUCAUCUCAGACACAACUGCACAGGUCAUUCUCAACUACCUCUUUGAAACUUGGAAGGUCCCAGAUGUCCAAAUCAGUUUCUAUCAUGCAGAUAAAGUCAAGGGGGAUAUCGAGUGGAUCCCUAACAAGCAUUACUCUGGUAUUUAUGGGCUGUUGAAGUUAGUCCUGCCUAAAACACUGCCAUUAUCACUGGAGAAGGUGAUAGUCCUAGAUACAGAUGUUAGUUUUGCUACUGAUAUUGCAGAGCUCUGGAAAAUGUUCAGCUUUCUCACAGGAACAAAGGUUCUUGGAUUGGUGGAGAAUCAGAGUGACUGGUACCUGGGGAAAAUCUGGAAGAACCACAUUCCGUGGCCAGCACUGGGUCAUGGUUUCAACACGGGAGUUAUUCUGAUGAAUUUAGGCGUGUUGAGGGAAAUGAACUGGAUGGAAAUGUGGAGGAAGAUUGCAGUAAAAGAACUAGAGACCAUGCAGUAUACACAGCUCGCAGAUCAAGAUAUCUUUAAUGCAGUGUUGAAGGAACACCCCUACUUUGUCUACCACUUGCCCUGUCAGUGGAAUGUACAGCUGUCGGACAACAGCAAGAGUGAACAGUGCUACAGUCAUGUGGAGGAACUCAAGAUCAUUCACUGGAAUUCUCCUAAAAAGUUCAAAGUCAAAAACAAGCAUGUAGAAUAUUUUAGAAAUCUUCACUUGACGUUUCUGGAAUAUGAUGGUAAUUUAUUGCGUCGAGAGUUGUUUGGAUGCGAGAAGUCAGAGGAAGACGAGACAAAUCAAGAGUCAAACACACCAAAUGAAGAGGAUGAAUGUUACGAGUUCCGGCUUGAACAGUUUGUGGUCCAUCGCACACACCUUUACUACCUGGAUUAUGACUACACACCUGAAGAAUACGAUGUGACCCUGGUGGCUCAGCUCAGUAUGGAUCGCCUGCAGAUGUUGGAGCUAAUCUGUAAGCAUUGGGAUGGCCCCAUCAGUCUGGCGCUAUACAUGUCCGAUGCAGAAGCCCAGCAGUUCCUGAGAUACGCCCAGGACUCAGAAAUACUGAUGAAGAGGAAGAACAUUGGUUACCAUAUUGUCUACAAAGAUGGGCAAUUUUACCCAGUGAACUACUUGCGUAAUGUUGCAAUGAACCAGAGUCAAACAUCCCACAUGUUUUUAACCGACAUAGACUUCUUACCCAUGAAUGACUUGUAUAAAAACCUGAAGAGUAUUGUAUCAAGGAUUGAUAUGGAGAAAGAAAAUAAGGCUUUAGUUGUUCCAGCUUUCGAAACUCAGAGAUACAGAUUUACAUUCCCUAAUACAAAAGAAGAACUCCUAAAUAAGUUAGACAAUGGAGAGAUAUUUACCUUUAGAUAUGACGUAUGGCCCCAAGGUCACCUUCCCACAAACUACACGAAGUGGAGGGCGGCCUCCGUGAUGUACUCGGUGACCUGGGAGCAGGAUUUUGAGCCGUAUAUUGUUGUGAAGAAAGGUGUUCCUCUGUUUGACCAGCGCUUUGUCGGAUUUGGUUGGAAUAAAGUCUCCCAUGCGAUACUACUGGACUUGUUACAGUAUAAAUUUGUUGUUUUACCCAACGCUUUCAUCAUCCACAUGCCUCAUGCUCCCAGUCUCGAAAUCACCAAGUUCCGCAACAGUGCACUGUACAGAAAUUGUCUGAAGACAUUGAAAGGUGAAUAUCAGCGAGAUUUGUCAAGGAGAUAUGGACUAAAGGCUCUAAAAUACUUAUCUGUGGACUGAUGUGAUCAAUAUCAAAAUGUCAUGAGAGUUGGAUCGGACACUGCAAGUAUUUGCCAAGAGCUAAGGCCAGUACUUUGUGAUUUGCAGUAAUAAGUACACGUAUACCAGGAAUUUUAAUGAGUAUGACCAAGCAGGUUCAUUGGGUAGUACCAAUUAUCAGGUGAAUCAUUCUCAGCCUCAGUGAAAGUAGUAUCUCUGUAGCAGGUGUGAGGAAUACAUGCUCAGUGUGUUCAAGUUCAAAUGCAUCAUUCACAAAUAGACACAUGUCGAUGAAGUGAAAGAAAAACUUGUAUCUACCAAGACAGUUUUACAUGUAUAUCACUGAUGCUUCUCCAAGUGUAUAUUUGUUGUCAAUUUUUUUUUAUUUCUUGUUCAAUUUUCUUGUGACAGUAAAGCAUAAACCAUGUGAACUGUGAUGUAUGGUAAAAAUCAUAAUUGUUGUAUACCAUUUUAGUAUUUCACUUAAACAUGUUAAAGUUAAUCAUGUGUUAAAGUCAAAACCAAGGUAAAAAAUACCAUCAAAUGUAGUGAUUUAUUGCUGGUAAUCUUCUGUGCUGAAUGUGUCAAUACUUUUUCAAAGGCCAUAUUUUGUUUUUAAUUUUCUUUGCUUUAUGUGACUGAGUAUUUAACAGGAGGUAUUGUUAUUUUGCCGCAGGGCUUUCAGAUGUACUCUAUGUGGUUACACAGCCUACACUCAUUUUGAUGACAUUCUUGCGUGGCAUUUUUUUUUUUUUUUUUGGGUACAUUUUUAUAUUGACUACUCAAAGAGUUUUUGUGGAUUUUAUAUGUACUAAUAAUAAAUGUAAAAUGAUAAGGACAACAAA